UUGUUGGAUACAAGAAGCAACUAGAAGGCAGCGAAAGGAAAGCACGUUAUGUUCCAAGACCUUUUCAUAAGGAGUUCCAAUGAAAUUUUCUUUCGAGGUCCUGAAUGUGGCGGUGGCGACAACGCCAAACGAGUUGAGAAGAGUUUUCUAAAUUUCCCCAACCCCAAACAAACGAAGUCGUCCCCAACAAUUAUUUCCAAGACAACAACAACAAAAAAUAUGGCUGUUAGUAAAAAAAUCGUCGAAUCGACGACGACAAUGGCGGAUCGCAAGAAAGAACCCUUGUCGCUGGAUAAAAAGAAAACCCCAUCCCUGGAACAGGAAUUGAAUUUGGCCCGUCGCGCCUGCUGGUGCAGCCGAACGAAGAGCGGUGAUGAUGACGAUGGUGAUGGUCUGGUAGAUAGAGAAUCGGAACAUGAAUGCUGUGAGAAUUGCUUUAAAUCAAACGAUGAUAUUGGACAAGAAGAAAUAAAUUUAGAAAAAACUACAACAACAAAAACAACAACGGUUUUGAAUGGUGCUAAAAACAACAAAAACAUAAUAUUUAGUGAAAAUAUUAAGAAUACAACAACAACUAAUGAUAAUACUAUGGAUAGAAAUAGUAAAUUAGACAAGUCAUUUAGUGUAAAGGAAAAUCCCAUCCCAACAACAAAAACAACAACAACUACAAAUAACUUAAUUAAGAGAAAACCUACUGCUAAGCCUCCCAAGCACAACCAGGAGACCCAAAAUGACGACGACGUUAAGAAUGAUAAUAAUGAUGGUGAUGACGAUGAUGAAAAUGAGGACAUUGUAAAUACAAAUUCCAAACUUGCCGACUCAUCUUCAUUGUUGUCUUCAUCGUCCGCCACCUCCCCAGCUUCACAAAAUUCCAAAUUCGUGGCCAGUUUGAAGGCAUUCUUCCUAGCCCUUUGGUUGGGCUUUGUCAAUUUUUGUGAACGCAACACCAUAAAACGCAACGAUCCCCGUUUUGAGGUGUAUCGCCAGAAGCCGGAAACCCAAAUGCAACAAUCCACAACAACAACAACCAACAAUAAGACGGAAAACGGCGCCAAGGAUUCGAGGAAGCAGUUCAAAUUCAAAUUGUUGACUAGCAAAAAAGUCAUUUUCCUUUUGUUGGUCUGCUUCUUUUUCUCCUGCAUUAAUCGCAUUGAGGCUCGUCCCAAUACCGCUGCGGAUGGUGGUGGUGGCGCCGAGGGAAAUACUGUUGGUGCCGGGGCCGAAAAUGUCUACACCGUAACACCCGGAAAAGUCAAUUCUCUGCCAGCAUCGAAUACCGCUCUACCACCGGAUAGUGGCAACGCAAUAAAACAACAACCGGCCGCCGCAGCAUCAGGCAUCGGUGACACAUCAUCGACGGGAGGACAUGCCGCCGCAGCAGCAGCUCCUCGCUCCGACGACGAUAAUGGCCAUGGUAGCGAUAAUGAUCACGGUGAUGAUGAUGGCGGUCAUAGUGGGGGCCAUGAACGUUAUCCCUUGGCUCAGGUCGAAUUCGAUCGCGUGAAGACACCAUUCAUUAUCGGUGUCUGGAUAUUGUCGGCCAGUAUAGCAAAGAUUGGUUUCCAUAUGACACCAAAAUUACAUCUGAUCUUUCCCGAAUCCUGCCUGCUGAUUGUUGUCGGUGUUGUCAUUGGUGUGGUGCUGUUCUUUUGUACAGAUGUUGCCGUAUCACCGCUCACGCCCAACACCUUCUUCUUCUACAUGCUGCCGCCGAUUAUAUUGGAUGCGGGGUAUUUUAUGCCGAAUCGAUUGUUUUUCGAUAAUUUGGGCACGAUUCUGCUGAUGGCUGUGGUCGGAACGAUUUUCAAUAUUGCGACAAUUGGUGGUUCUUUGUAUGCCUGUGGCUUGACUGGCAUUUUCGGUGGUCCCGAAGAUACUCCCCGUUUCUUGGACAUUUUCAUCUUUGCCUCUCUUAUCUCGGCUGUGGAUCCUGUGGCUGUGUUGGCCGUCUUCGAAGAAAUCCAUGUCAAUGAAAUUCUUUACAUUGUCGUCUUCGGAGAAUCCCUACUCAACGAUGCUGUGACGGUCGUAAUGUAUCACAUGAUGGAAGUGUACAAUCACAUUGGUAUAUCGGAAAUUAUAGCCCAGGACGUGGUGAAUGGCGUAGGGUCAUUCUUUGUGGUGGCCAUCGGUGGUACUGUUAUUGGUAUUAUUUGGGGCUUCCUAACCGGUUUGGUGACCCGUUUCACCGAUCAUGUACGUGUCAUUGAACCCAUCUUCAUUUUCGUCAUGGCCUAUCUGGCGUAUCUGAAUGCUGAAAUAUUCCAUAUGAGUGGUAUUUUGGCCAUUACCUUCUGUGGCAUUACCAUGAAAAACUAUGUCGAAUCGAAUAUCUCACAAAAAUCCCAUACAACCGUCAAAUAUGCAUUGAAAAUGUUGUCAAGUUCCUCUGAAACGAUUAUCUUUAUGUUUUUGGGCGUGGCCACCGUCAAUAAUAAUCAUGUGUGGAAUACAUGGUUUGUCAUAUUGACAAUUGUUUUCUGUUCCGUAUUUAGAGUUAUAGGUGUCAUCAUCCUGUCCGCCAUGGCCAAUCGUUUCCGUUUACACAAAUUGUCACGUGUCGAUCAGUUCGUCAUGUCAUAUGGUGGUCUGCGUGGUGCCGUUGCAUUCGCCCUUGUUUUAUUAAUCGAUGAACGUAUAGUGCCUCAAAAGAAUAUGUUUGUAACCACUACCAUAGCUGUGAUAUACUUUACCGUGUUCGUGCAGGGCAUCACCAUAAAACCGCUGGUCAAAAUUCUAAAUGUUAAGCGUGCCAAUAAGCGCAAGCCCACCAUGAAUGAGCGUAUCCAUGAGAGGUUUAUGGAUCAUUUAAUGGCUGGCAUUGAGGAUAUUGUGGGUAAAACUGGCAACUAUAAUGUCCGUGAUAAGUUCAAGCGUUUCGAUAAUCGUUUCAUUCGUCCACUGUUGUUGAGAGAUCUUAAGGGUGCUGAACCAAAAAUCAUUGAAACCUAUUCCAAACUAACCAUGCGCGAUGCCAUCGAAGUUAUGCGCCGCAACCCCUCGACCAUUGGUCAAAUAACUGGCACCGAAUCGAUGAGUGCCUUAUUUAGAAAUUAUACCAAUAAUUGCAUUGGUGGAAGCCCAAGUCUUACCAAUUUAGACAAUACCUGUUCGCGUAAUUUGGACAUGCAUGAAUUGGAUUAUAAUCCAUCCAAAAAGGAUUUGACCGAUGCUAAGAUCCAUCACUUGUUGGCUGAAGAAUUGAAACCAUACAGACGGGCCUCCAUACAAAUGCACCGUCGUCUUAGUUAUAGCCGUCACGCUGUAGAUGACAGAGAUCUAUCCACGCAGGUGAACUACAAAAUGCAAAUGAAUUUCCGACGCAUGUUCAAUGAUCGCAAACAUCACAAGCGCAGUAAACGCGGUGCUAACAAGGAUGGCGUCAAACAAAAUCACGUAUCAUUCCACGAUUUCCAACAGAAUGGAACAACGAAACAAUUCUCGCACGGUACGAGUAAGAAUGAAACAAAUUUACGCAAAAAACUAAUCAGAAAACAUUCUCACAAUUCACUUAACAAAUAUCGUAGAUUAGAAAUAGAUAAUUAUAUUAAUGAAGUUCUUAAUGAAUCAGCAGAGGAAAAUCCCAACAACAAACUAACCGAAGUGACGGUGGUCAAUGAAACCGAUGACUGGGAAGAUGGUCUGACCUUUACGGCGAAAUCAUCACCGGAUUCUGAUCGUGCCAAUAACAAUUCAUUAAUUGCUCACAUCCAAAAUUUGCCCGGUUUUGAUGCUUCCAAAGCUCGCAUUGUCCAGCACUAUGCCACGCCAUCGUCCUCGUCAACUGCUCGUGAGCCACGUAGUCCCAGUGAGAGUCCUGAGAAACUACUAUCGCCCGAUCCUCCGAUUGGCCCGACAGCGGCCGAACUAAUCUUGCCCUGGCGCAGGGAUCGUUCCUAUCAGAGCAUUGCAGAGAAUGCCAUUCCGGAGGAGGAUCGCAAUCUCUCUCGUGACUCCGAUGGUGAGCGCCGCGUGGCCACACCAACCGCCACCGAAUCCCAGCUGCCAUGGAAACGUCAGGGCGACGAGGUUUCCGAUGCUGUCCAGCAAAAUGAGUUCCCCGCCUGGGCAUCGAAUAAAGAAUAUUUGGCCUAUAACUCACCAAGUGCUACGUUCUUAGGUGGUAUAAACAAACCUAAACAGCCCAAGUCCGUCAUAGGUCUAUUCCGUCGUGAAAGUUCCGGUUCCCGUGGUGGCGCUGGUGGCAGUAUUAUGACCGUCGAUGGCGUUGAUGGCGGCUCAUCGGCCAGGGGCUCCGAUCCCGCCUUGGCUGCAGCCCUCAGCCAAAUGGUUGUGCCUUCUGCAAUGCCCUACAAUCCACGUUUGGACAAACGUUCGCAGUCGAUAUCAUCGGGUUCAGGAGCGGCGGCGGGCAUUGGUGAAUCGGGUCAUGCUGGACCCUUCCCCGUCACCGCCAGCCAUCGUCGCAAUGUGCGCCGUGGUUCAAUGCUAGAGCUAAGCGGAGACACUAUCCCCGAGGAAUCUUAUCACCAUGGAUACUCCAAGUCGUUGUGUGAGCCGGCCGGCGAGGAAUGGGAGGCAAUGUUGAGCGAGGCGGAGAGGGCCGAUCAUGCCAGUACGAAUAGUGAAAAGUUACUGCGCAGUGGCCGGGAGCCAUUGCUGUCACGGCUGACGCCCCGUGCCCAAAUUAGGCGGGGUAUGGGGGCACAUCAUGGGGCUGGCGGGGCAGCAGGUGGCUCGGCCAGCAGUUCGGCCAUGAGCAGCAAUAAAAAGAGUCAAGUCACCACAGCCCUGCUGUCCACAUCCACAUCGGACUAUGACGAUGACAAUGAUGAAGAUUUCGAUUUGUAUGACGAUGAGAAUAUUGUGGUGACCACAACAGUAUCCAAUGAUCCAACGAACCGACGUACUCCAACAAGGGCCGCCGGCAGUGGCAGUGAUGGUGAGGGCAGUUCGGCCACCACUUCCACCACCACCACAAUACGCCUGACGCGUAACAAUGACGAAAGUAUUAUUUGAGUAAAAAAGGAUCAUGAGGCGGAACAACGGAACGUAAUGAUGAUGAUGGCGGCCUUUGAUGGAAUUGAAGAACUACCCGAUGAUGCUGACGAUGAUAACCUGGAAGAUCUGGAUUCAGAUUUUGCCAAUACCGAUAAUGAUAAUGAGUUGGAUUCUGAAUUGAAUGCAUUUGAUGACCACUACUAUUACGACGACGAAGAAGAUGAUGAGGAUGAAGAUGGUAAUUUGGAAAGACAAGAGCAAAAACAAUUACUGAUGGGUUCCCGCAAAUCGCGGAAUUUCUUCAAAUAUGAAAUGUUUUACUGAAGUGAUGAAAUGAGGAGAAGGCAUAGUUUUGAAACUCAAGGAAAGUUGUAACGAAAAGUGUUAAAUAUAAAUUUUUAAAUUUUUUUGUUUAGAGUAAAAGAAGAAGAAAAAACAAUGUGUAUAAGAGCGGUCCAAUACUUAGCAGAAAAUUUUGUAAAAUUUUGUUCGGAAUGUAGUUACAUUGUGUAUAGAAUAUGAAAACUGAUGUUGUUUAGCAAACGGAAGGAAGUUGAUGAUAAAAGAAAUUAACAAAAAAUAA